AGAAACAAACAAAGAGAGAGAGAGAGAGAGAGUUUCUCUGCAAGUGAACUGAAGAAGAGCGGCUGAUUUUUCUUCUCUGUUCCCUUUUGAUUGGUGAAAACUAACUGUGACCUAUAAAACUUCAAUGGAUUUUCUUCCAUUGUAGCCAUUUUUCUCUCUUCUUGCUCUUCGAAGACUGCUUUCCCAUUUCCAUUUUUUCUCUCUACGGAUUCAACGAUUCAAACUCUUCAGGGGCUUCCGUUGAUGAUGAUUACAGCCAUGGAGUUGCUCUUUUGAUGGAUUGUAGAAAUGGUUAUUUGAAGGAAAUCGUGUUCGAUAAUCCACUGAGUUUUGGGCUUGAAUCUUGAGAGAUAUGGAAAACGAAGGAAUAGCUCAGAAAAACAAUAAAUCUGGUGAAACAGAUUUUGUGUUGCAGUGGGGGAACAGGAAGAGGAUGAGAUAUAUGAAGGUUAAGGAACCACAAAGAGUUACUAAUAAACCUGAUUGUUUAGGGAAGAAGAAGGUUUCUUCUAAUGGUGAUCGCCGUGUUGUUACAGCUGAGAAAGCUUCAUCUACUCACCCAACCCAUCGCCUUAACAAGAACAUUGUUUCACCAACUAAGAAUCAGAAAACAUUAGCAACAUCGCCCGAAAAGGAAGAUCGAUACUAUACGACGAGAUGUUCGAUGGGCGUGGAUGAAAAAGCAUCAAUGGAUUACCCCACAGGGAACGGAAAAGGGUUUGUCUGGCCAAGGCUCUUUAUAUCUCUAUCUAGUAAGGAGAAGGAAGAAGACUUCAUGGCCAUGAAAGGGUGCAAACUUCCUCAAAGGCCUAAAAAGAGAGCCAAGUUACUACAGAAAAGCUUAGUUCUGGUGAUGCCAGGCUCAUGGCUAUCAGACUUGUGCCAAGAGAGGUAUGAAGUGAGGGAGAAGAAGACUGCAAAGAAGAGACCCAGAGGAUUGAAGGCCAUGAGAAGUAUGGAAAGUGACUCAGAAUGAGUGAGCCAAUAAGAGACACAAAUAGAGACAAUAUGGAUAGAAUAGGUUCUUGUUUGGUAGCCAUAGCCAUAGCCAUAGCCAUAUUUUGGAGAAUAGCUUCUUUUGGUUGAUAUUGACUGCCCAUUUCUUCUACUGAUAUCUGUAUUGCUAAUUGUUGGCUAAUUCAGUAAAAUCAUUAUACUUUUUCCUCUUCA